AUGUCCCACGAAGGGUCUCACUCCAGUCAAGGCUCGUUUCCUAUUCUAACUUCGACGUUGAAUCGGAUACGAGAAUGCACAAUCAAGCUUGCGUUUAUUCCGCGAAGUAUUAUCGAUGCCGAGAUCAACGAAAAUGCCGUGCGAGACAUACUAGCCGAGAAAAGAAUCGAUAGUAGAGUCCCAAGAGCCAAGCUGGCAGAGAAGAUUGUCCAAAGCGCUCAAAAGCUAUUUACAAUUCUGGUCAUGUCAAAAAAGGUGGAUCAUAUAAACACCUUCCUGGACCGAGGGAUACAAGAUGGCAAUCUCCCAUUCAAACUGGACGGGAACGUCUUGCGAACCAGUCAAGGCCACAAGGUUCCGGUACCGGAAGAUUGGGACUAUGAAGACCUGGAAGCAUUGGAAUCAAAACAGUGGCGGGUGCUCGUGCCAGUCUUUCACCAAGAUGUUCAUUACGAUUUUCCAGAGCAGCAGAGGUUUCCAUUUGUGGACAAAGAAUCUGCGAAGUCUGCUGAAGGUGGGUACGGAAGAGUCUCCUGUGAACGCAUCCAUGCCGACCACCACGACUUCUGUGAACCCCCUGACAGUAAGAGCCAAGGGUGUAGAGUUGCCGUCAAGAAGCUCAUCCGGCAAGAUAUAACUCUGUUUCAGAGAGAAAGAGAAUUUCUCAUGGCACUGGGUUCAGCUGGGCCCCAUCCACACCUGAUCAAUCUGUUGUGCACCUAUAGCUUCCUGGGAGACAAUCACCUAGUGUUCCCCUGUGCGGACGAGAACCUUCGAGAAUACUGGAAGCGGACUGGGCUACCCGAAUGGAAUAGCCGGAAUAUCCUAUGGUGGGUCAAGCAGGUGGUCGGAAUCGCAAGUGGAUUAUCUGUGAUACAUAAGCUACCCCAGUCGGGUAACCCAUCUAGUACGGCGCUUUAUGGACGACAUGGUGAUCUGAAACCUGAGAACAUCAUAUGGUUCAAGAAGCGUCCUGAGUGCACAGAUCCAAACGGCAUACUCUUGAUUGCAGAUCUAGGGCUUGCGAAACUUCAUCGAUUUGAGUCCAAGUCGAAUGAUGUAGAUGCAGCCUUCCCUCAUACCUACUCGCCUCCUCACCGUCCUGGGGAGUUCAUAACCCGAGCCUUCGACAUCUGGGGUCUCGGGUGUCUAUAUUUGGAGCUCGCUACCUACAUCAUAUGCGGGGAGAACGCUAUCGGGGAAUUCGCCGAACUCCGGGGAUAUGACGACCCCAACUACACUAUGAAUACAGAUUGCUUCUACAGCGUAGAUCACACGAGCGUCCGUCCAUCUGUGAAUGAAUGGGUGAUGAGGUUGAAGAUGAAACCGCGGUGCUCCCCCGUGUUUCGUGACUUGCUGGAUUUGAUCAUGUCUCGCAUGAUCCGCAUUGAACCGCGCGAGCGAAGCGACGCUCAAAAUGUCUACGAGAAAUUGAAUGAGAUGUACAAAAAGGCUGAGUCAGACCCGCAAUACCUUCUGGGUCGUUACGAGAUGUUGCCGCAGCAGAAGUUGGAUGACUCCCCGGAGCCCACUCUCGAAGCAUCACCUUCUGCUCAGAAUGUGUCUCAUGGCUCCAGCUCGACAUCCUUCACCCCCAAAGCACACGGUCCAGGCGACACUGUCCACAAUGCUCGACCCCUGUAUUUAAAUAGGUUAGGUCGCGAUAUGCCGUCCAGGUUAGUGGUUGAUAGUGACAAUUCGUGGCCCAUGAGUUAUCUAGGUCUACCAAGGAGCAGGGGCACAUGGCCACAAGUCGGCAGCAGUUGA